GCAUUCCAACUCUUACGAUCUGUGGAUUUCAGGUUUUACCUCCCAACUGAAGAUAACUUUUGGCAGAAAGAACUUCUAAAUGGGAUCAAAAGGACCAGGAGGUAAUAUCAGAAAGAAAACUAAUUAUGGUGCCACUGAUUCACCAGAAGCAAAUCGGCAACAAGAAGACCAAGAUCAAACCUACCUGAAUGAAGUCAUUCCCAUUCCAGAUGUUGCAGAAUCUGGUUUCAGUUUUAGAAAGCUCUGGGCUUUCACGGGGCCCGGCUUCCUCAUGAGCAUUGCCUACCUAGACCCAGGAAACAUUGAGUCAGAUCUUCAGUGUGGAGCUGUUGCUGGCUUUCAGCUGCUUUGGGUCCUGUUCUGGGCCACAGUCCUUGGCUUGUUGUGCCAAAGACUGGCCAUCCGGCUUGGGGUUGUUACAGGCAAGGACCUGGGAGAGAUAUGCCAUUACUACUAUCCCAAGUUUCCCCGUCUGCUGCUAUGGAUCAUGAUAGAAAUUGCCAUAAUCGGCUCUGACAUGCAGGAAGUGAUUGGUACAGCGAUCGCCUUCCACCUCCUUUCUGCUGGACGAAUUCCUUUAUGGGGUGGAGUCUUGAUCACAAUUGUGGACACUUUCUUCUUCCUCUUCUUAGAUAAAUACGGUCUCAGGAAGCUGGAGGCCUUUUUCGGCCUGCUCAUUACAGUCAUGGCAGUGACCUUUGGCUAUGAGUAUGUGGUGGUGAGGCCUAACCAGGCAGAUGUGGUUAAGGGGGUGUUCCUCCCCUAUUGCAAGGGCUGUGGGCACGAGCAACUCCUGCAGGCUGUGGGUAUCAUUGGAGCCAUCAUCAUGCCCCAUAACAUCUACUUGCACUCUUCUCUUGUCAAGACCCGAGAGGUGGAUCGCACAAACAAGAAGGCUGUGAAAGAGGCCAACAUGUACUUCCUGACAGAGUCUACCAUCGCACUCCUUGUCUCCUUCGUCAUAAAUCUCUUUGUUAUGGCCGUCUUUGGGCAGGCUUUCUAUCAGAAAAGCAACUCUGAAGUGCAUGAGGUCUGUGCCAACCAAAGCAUGUUCACCAAUCAUAGCAUUUUCCCCAACUUUCCUAAUAACAACGAGACGGUCUCUGUGGACAUUUUCCAAGGGGGACUCAUCCUGGGAUGCUACUUUGGACCCAUUGCUCUCUACAUUUGGGCUGUUGGAAUCCUUGCAGCAGGUCAAAGUUCAACCAUGACGGGAACAUAUGCAGGCCAGUUUGUCAUGGAGGGCUUCUUGAAGCUCCGCUGGUCCCGCUUUGCCCGGGUGGUCUUCACGCGUUCUUUUGCCAUCCUCCCCACUGUCUUUGUUGCUGCUUUCAGGAACGUGGGAGAUCUGACAGGCCUCAAUGACCUUCUCAAUGUGCUGCAGAGCAUCCUGCUCCCCUUUGCUGUCAUACCUGUUCUCACCUUCACCAGCAUACGGCCUCUCAUGAAUGACUUUGCUAAUGGAAUCAUGGGGAAGAUCCUCAUGACUCUCAUCACUGGACUUAUCUGUGCCAUCAACCUCUACUUCGUGGUGACCACCAUAAUGACCCUGCACCAGUUGGUGUACUACAUUGUCAUCUCGUUCGUCCUAGUUGCCUAUGCAGCCUUCGUCUGCUACCUGAUCUGGACAUGCCUCAUCUCACAUGGAGUUACAUUCCUGGCCCGUGGGCCCCACACUCAGUUCAAUUACGGGCUGCAGUGACAGGACAUUCUCGGCACUAAUUAGAAGAACCACCACACUCCUCCUCUACCAAGACUGGAAGCAGCUGUCUUUCUGGGUCUGCCAAGAGGCAGAAGUCCCAGGAUACCGGCUCCCAUUGACCAAGGAUGGGAUUAAGUUUUGGCUUAGCAGCAGAGCACAUACUUUGGAUGCAGAAGGCUCUCUGGCAACCUCCAAAGAAUCUUCAGCCUCUGAAGAGCUGCAAACCAUCACCACGGAUGCUCCUGGACCCUGUAUAACAAGGAUGUUGAGCCUCUUUCAGCCUGAGGGCUGCAUUCAAAUGCUUUGGGCUGCACUCCAGCAGAGGUCAGGCCCAAGGGCAAAGGGGGAAAGACCAAAAAUAUAGUAUGCUUUAGUUUAGUAUUUAUUCUUCGAACUAAACAAUUGAAGAGUAUUCAACCUUUUGGAAAGGAGAAAGGACAUGAAAGCCAGGAAACUACCAAACAGUCUGCUUUUGAGGGGAAGGGGAUGGGACCAAGGAAGAGGGCAUGGCCAUUGGGAACCGGGGAGGGCCAGGCUGAGGACAUACUGGGCCAAUUUUGGAUCAUGGCCUUGAAGUUCAACACGCCCGUUCUAGUAGCAGCUUCCGGAUAGGCUUGAUGAGUGGCAGAUUCUAAAGCUGUGCUGCAAAGAACUUUCAUCUGUGGAUUUUGACAGACAGUGGCACAAAAGCUGAUUGGUUUAUUUCUGGUCAGAUGACAGCCUUUUUGCCUCCUGCAGGGGACACUGGCCAUCACCAAAUGAAUGAUCUAAAGAGCUUCUCACAAGCAUGUGAAAAGAAAGGGGGGCUGUUUACCUGGUCUCCGCUGCCUCUGAUUUUAUCUCUGCCCUGUGACCAGCUUAAUCUUGUCCUGAAUUCAGUUUUUCCACUUUAAGUCAGCCUAAAAUAAAUCAGCUAUACUGGAUGGGGCUGAUGGGAGUGGUAGUCCAACACAUCUGUCAGGCAUCAGGUUUCGGAAGACUGAGUUAAGUACUGGAAAUUAUAUGAAAAAUUAUAUAAACUAAGCUUUUGUGACUAUUAAAACACAAGUUUUUACAAACC